CCGCCUAUUCUGUUGGUAGGGCCACUCCCCUUAGUAACGCCUCUAAAGUAACUCCUCCCUAAAGUUUCACCCUUCAUUUGAAACGCUUUGUAGAACUGUAUUUAGACGCUAAAUCCCCGGCUUGUGUUGUGGUUCUGCUGAAGUGUGUUGUGGUUCCGCUCAGUUCCCUCCCAGCCAGGAAGUCCCGGCCAAUCAUCGCUCCCCUCAUUUGCAUAUUCUUCUCCGGAGCCUUUCCAGCCCGGCCGCUGCUUCCCAUAACUUCCUAUUUGCAUACGUCGCCCCGCCCACGCCCGCCUAUUUUCAGCUUCAAUUAGCAAAGCGGGAUUGGCCGGCAGGUGUGUAUGGGCGUGCGUGUUCCGUGCCCAACCUGAGAAUGAGGGAGCGCUGAGGGGGCGGGGCUGAGUGUUGUUCUGUUGUACUGGCUCUUGCCAGCUUCCAUCAUGGCACCGGGGGGCACUGCUGGGCAGCUACUGGCGCUCACUCUUUGGCUGGGGCUUCUUACCUGUCCCGCCCAGGGAUUUCGGAUUGUCACUUCGGACUACAACUGCUCCCUGCCGGAGGUCACGUGCUCAGUUCUGAACAGCAAUUGCAUUAACAGUAGUUGGAUCCACCCCAGUCAAUGGACUCCAUCUGCUCCCUCUAACUUAGAAGUUGUUCUUGUGGUAGAAGUGAAUGAGUCGGGGACCCCGUGCCAGUGCUCAGAAUCAGCUGGACAGUGGCCCCUGAUGCUCUCGUUUGGGGCUGACUGGUUCUGUUUCACAGCCAGUAUCCUGGGCCUGUUGGGGGCAGAAGUGUCGGUGAUGCAGCGCAGCACUAAUGAGCAUCUGUGUGUCCAACUUCAGUUCGAAAACCAGUUCCCUGAGCAGCUGAUGUCUGACAAUAAGGGUUAG